GUUAGUAGUUACGAAUAGCUGUUGUGAGAGUGAAGUGUGAUAUUAGUCCGGCGCUCGGGUCGCGUUCGCGAACACAAGCUCGUUAUAAUGAAAGUAUUUCGUUUCUGGAGUUAAGUCAGGACGUGUUUUAUGUGAAUUCGUGUAAUGAGGAGUGCUAAUUUUAUAAAGUAUUCAGUUGGAUGCCACUCGUAAUACAUUUUUAUGUCUGUGCAACGCGUGGUGAACAACACUUCUGUAGGACUUCGUGUGUCAGUAAAGCCACGUUCGAAACCUGCAUUCACAAUACAGUCUUAAUCCUGUUUAAGUGCGCGUUAUUCAGUUUGUAUAACCUAUUAUGGGCAUUGCGUCGUGGCUAAUAGAAACAAACGCGUGUGUUUGAUUGACAUUAUUUCGGAUAUGCUGCUAGACUGCUUUAUUACGUAUGUGACUAUACUAAUGUGCUUCUGUAUUUCGACGUCUUCAAGGCGGCUACAGGGGUAAAACAUGUCGGCGAGAAUAAAUCAUCAUUCGCAUUGGAUCUCAUGAUAAAUUGCAUUAUCAUCAGUGUGUAAAUCAGUGAAACAGUGUGCGUAAGACUAUGGCCUGUCGCCGGCGUCGAGUGCAGGCAGCGGAGUGGGUGUCACUGACAGGCAUCCGCGUAGAUUCCAGCCGCCUCACGCUUGCGUUUCUUCUGCUACUGUCGCCCAUCGCAACACUAAGCUUCAGUAAAUACGAAACCCCCGAUCAGUGUACGUGGAGCGCGGACAACAAUGAGACUAGCUCGGGUCGCGUGGCGGUGUCGUGUCGGGUGCGAACGCUAGACGGAGACGGGUCGAACCUCAGCGCUCUGCAAGUCGAGGGCACCGCCCGGCUCCGGGUGCAGUGUAGCCAAGUAUUGCUUUUCGAAAGUUCUUUGCCACCUCACGCCUUUCAGAGACUGAACCAGCUCGAAGAACUGGUUAUCGAGGAUUGUAAAAUUCUGCAGUUACCUGCUGACGCGUUUGAUGGACUCAGAGACUUAAAACGUUUAUCGAUUAACACGCACAAUGCUGAGUGGGGCUCGAGCAAGGCUAUGGAACUGGCUGCGAAUAGUUUGCGUGGACUGAAAGAGCUGCAGACACUUGAUCUCUCCGGCAACAACAUACGCUCCUUACCCGAAGACAUAUUCUGUUAUCUGGCGAAUCUACAGACUUUAAAUCUAACACGAAACCGCAUCCGUGAUGCUGACAUGCUUGGUUAUAUCACGAGACGAAAUAUAUACGAAGCGAGCACCAGUGUUCCCAGGGCUGAGUGUGUUGGGGGGCUGGAUGUCAGAUCGUUAGACAUUUCGUGGAACCAGCUGCAGAUUCUGCCGGCAGACUCCGGUAUUACCAGACUUCGGCAACUCCAGAAUUUAUACCUGCAGCACAACGAAUUGGCAGAGGUUUAUGGAGAUGCCUUAUCCGGAUUAACCUCUCUAAGGGUCCUCAAUAUGUCCAACAACAAACUGGAAUCUCUUCCUGGAGGUCUGUUCGCGAGUUCUAUGGAGAUGCGGGAGAUAUACCUACAGCACAACUCUCUGUACGAGUUGGCACGCGGCCUCUUCCGUCGGCUUGAACAACUUCUCGUCCUAGACUUGUCUGACAACCAGCUGAGUAGCAGUCACAUUGACGACGGGACAUUCGUCGGCCUCAUCAGACUCAUCGUCCUAAACCUCUCACACAAUGCUCUGACACGUAUCGGCGCCCAUACGUUCAAGGAUCUGUUCUUUCUUCAGAUACUUGACUUGAGGAACAACUCUAUUGGUUACAUUGAAGAUAACGCUUUCCUUCCAUUAUAUAACCUACACACCCUUAACCUAGCCGACAACAGACUCCACCACAUCAGCGCCCUCCUUUUUAACGGACUUUUCGUGCUAAGCAAGCUUACACUUAGCAAUAAUUUGGUUGUGAAUAUUGAUCCUCAAGCGUUUAGAAAUUGUUCCGACUUGAAAGAACUCGAUUUGAGCUCCAACGCUUUGUCUAAUGUACCUGAAGCAUUGAAGGAAUUGUCCUUCCUGAAAACACUGGACUUGGGUGAAAAUCAAAUUAGUGAGUUCCAUAACGGCUCGUUUAGGAAUCUACAGCAGUUGAAUGGGCUUCGUUUAAUCGGCAACAAUAUUGGCAACUUAACUCGGGGCAUGUUUUGGGACCUCACGAGUCUUCAGGUACUUAACCUUGCCAAAAACAAAGUGCAACAAAUCGAGCGAGGCACGUUCGAACACAACACGCAGCUAGAAGCUAUUCGCCUGGACGCUAACUUCCUCACUGACAUCAACGGUGUGUUCAACACACUCUCUAGCCUUCUGUGGCUCAACUUGUCUGACAACCAUUUGGUAUGGUUUGACUACGCUUUCGUUCCUGUCAACCUCAAGUGGCUCGACAUACACGGGAACUUUAUUGAACGCCUGGAAAAUUAUUUCAAGAUUCAGACAGGACUCCAUAUUAAGACUCUGGAUGCCAGCCAUAACAGAAUAACUGAAAUAUCUGCCAUGUCCGUCCCCAACAGCGUGGAGCUACUAUUCAUAAAUAAUAAUAUGAUCUCUCUUGUUCACACUAACACAUUCUUGGACAAGCAUGAUCUUGUGAGGGUUGACAUGUAUGCUAAUGAACUCGUGAAACUAGACCUGAAUGCACUGAGGUUGUCGCCGAUUCCUGAGAAUAAAACUGCCCCAGAGUUUUAUAUCGGUGGAAAUCCUUUCCAUUGUGACUGCUCCAUGGAAUGGCUUCAGAUGAUAAACAACAUGACACAACUCCGCCAGCACCCAAGAGUCAUGGAUUUGGAUAAUAUCUUGUGCAAGAUAACGUAUUCGCGUGGUCUGCCCACACUGCCAGCCAUCGACGCCAAGCCUUCCAACUUCCUGUGCACAUACGAGACCCAUUGUUUCGCCUUAUGCCACUGUUGUGAUUUUGACGCAUGUGACUGUGAGAUGACGUGCCCAUCUAAUUGUACUUGUUAUCAUGACCAGACUUGGACAACCAAUUUGGUGGACUGCUCGGGCCUUGCAACGAAUGUGAUACCACGCCGGAUCCCGAUGGAUGUCACCGAACUCUAUUUGGACGGGAACAACUUCGGUGAACUGCAAAAUCACGUGUUUAUAGGCCGCAAAAAUAUGAGAGUUCUGUAUGUAAACGCUAGUCGAGUGGAAACUAUUCAGAAUCGUACGUUUAAUGGCCUUAAUUCUCUACAGAUACUUCAUCUUGAAGACAAUAAAAUCCAUGAACUGAAAGGUUUCGAGUUCGAGCACUUGUCACACCUUAGAGAGCUUUAUCUGCAGAAUAACAUAAUUGCAUUCAUUGGCAACCUCACUCUUCUUCCACUGAGGUCGCUGGAAAUAUUGAGGCUGGACGGAAAUCGCUUAAUAACCUUCCCUGUCUGGCAACUGACGCUAAACUCGUACCUUGUGGAGAUAUCAUUGGGUAACAAUAACUGGUCGUGUCGCUGCAAGUUCCUGCAAGAACUUCAGAUCUGGGUGGCAGACAAUGCGCGCAAAGUUAUCGACAGUGAAGAUAUAACCUGCUACAAUAACGAAACCAAACCUCCAGAGAGACGAGCCGUGGAUGUUAACAACACUGCCUGUAGUGACUAUUAUUCUGGUGGCUCAGUUAUAGAAAGAUUCAUUGUAUCUGACUAUUUGCCCAUGGUGAUUGUAACUCUGUCUGCCUUCAUCUUGGUGCUCCUCCUUACUGUACUUAUGUUUGUAUUCCGAGAACCAGUGAGGGUGUGGGUGUACUCACGAUAUGGCAUCCGUCUAUUUCACUUCAAAGCGAGCUCUUCCAAACACUGUGAGGAGGAGAGAGAGAAGUUAUACGACGGUUACGUGUGUUACAGCCCAAAAGACGAGGAAUUUGUGUUGCAGUCCAUCGUUGCUGAGCUGGAACAUGGAAACCCAUCUUUCCAGUUGUGUCUGCAUUACCGUGAUCUGGUUCAUCACUCCUACGUUCAGCACUCAGCCUCUCCCGUAGUGUUGGAAGCGGCAGACGCCAGUCGAAGAGUGAUCCUUGUCCUGUCCCGUAACUUCCUUCAGACAGAAUGGUCGCGCUUUGAGUUCCGUUCAGCACUUCAUGAAGCCCUCAAGGGACGAAUCUUUAAGUUAGUACUUGUAGAAGAAAGUAGUAGCCUGCCAGAAGCAGAACUGGACCCCGAUCUAAGGCCUUAUCUGAAGACUGGAGCUCGAGUUCGAUGGGGUGAGAAGAGAUUCUGGGAAAGACUGAGGUAUGCAAUGCCUAACGGCGACAGCCAACGCAAAAGUUCCAUGUACCGACGCAAUAUCAAUAAUUACACCCUAGAUUCUGGAGUCGGCAACGGUGCUCAUCACCACGCCUAUCUAGAGAAGACCAAAACUCCGCAUUCUGCGUCACAAAACCUGCAGAUGCACAUUAAUAACCACCCCCUGUUCCAGUCUGCCGCCGCCGCCGCCGCUGCCACCAAUAACGACGCGGCACACAUAAUGUCCCCUCCUGCAUAUUCCUCGACAACGACGCUGCCAAGAACGCCUCACAAACAUCAGAACAACCACCAAGAAGCGCGACACGACAACGACGAUGCUAACUACUCGUCUGCUACCACCGCCACCCCUUCUCCCAGACCAGCUCACAGGCAUAAUUACCAAGUGAAACACCACCCCCAAAAUAACUUCAUGAGGGGGGCGACUGCGGGCCCUGAUUCUUCCGAAUCCACCUCCAGCCCUCGCCCCAUAUCGGAGCACAUUUACUCCUCAAUAGACUCAGACUAUUCUACGUUAGAAAGAGACGCGUCGGGGUUCCGUAGGGGCGUGAUUGGCGUGCACCAACAGCACAGGCAUCCGUGGAGGACUGCCGGAGCCGGCCCUGUCAUGGAUAGCAGUGGCGCGCAGGCCUACCUGGUGUGACGCGCGUGAACGCUUAACUGUGUAGCUCAGGUUUCUUUACAUUUGACUGUGGAAGCGCAUCGUAUUGAGUCAACAUGGGAACAUGACAUGGCACGCCGACACAAGAAAAAAUUAAACGGUACCCGCAAGAACGACGCGGACACAGGCGGCUGAGGGUCAGCAAGAAGAAGUAAGCGGCCUACAGAAGGUGAUCAGCCAAGCAUCACGAACAUGGCUUCUACCGGAUGGAUACAGUGACGCAGACCUCAAGUCAAACGCUCUAAUAAUAUCAGUGCAUUUCGUUUCUGAUGUGCAACAGCGGGCCUAUUGUAAUGGAAUGAUUACAUCUGCAAAAAGAGAAGGUUAAAUCAUUGCUUUGGAAGGGGGCGACCUUGUUCACUAAAGGAACUGAGACAUUAGCCCGACGCCGGCCGUUGUCGUGUUGUGGCUUGACUUUUUUUUUAUUUUGAAAUUAAUCUCAAAGUCGUGUCGUGACAUUCGCGUUUCCUUUCGCAGUGCGCGCGAAUAUAUGCGAAUGCUGUAACAUAAUGUAUCAAAGGCCUAUAUAGACGUUUUACAAUUCUUUUCCCCUCGUGAUAUUUAAAAAAAUGCAAGGUAUUUUAAAAUUGUUCCAAGUCAUAAAUUAGGUGUGUUUUAUAGUGUGAAAUAAGCAGAACAUGUGUGAUGAGAAAUUUUAAUUGGUAAGAAAUCAGGUCUUCCCGCACUGUAAGAAACUAUAAAUAAUAACAGAAAAAAAAGAAUGGAAGUAUGGCAACGUAGCUCAAGAAAACAGCAGCUUGUUGUUCUUCUUCUUUUCCUGUAAAUGUAAACAACGUAGUGUGCUUUGAUGAAUGUAUGAGGAGCUCGAAGCUGCGGUUCGGUUCGGUUCGUGACUUCUGUGUGCAAACAAAGGAACACCGCUGAAGCAGCCAGCAAGCCAGAAGCAACGCUGCUGCUCCAUUCUAGAUAACUGUGCAAUUAAUUUUUAUUUUUAUCUCUUCCGUACUGUUCCUUUUGCAUGUCUUGUCAACCCGUCCAUGUGGAAUGAAUCGAUAAAACAUAGAUGGCGACAUUCGGCAGUGGUGACAACACAACAGUAUUGUAUGUGAACUAUUUGUAUGAUAUAAUUCUAAUCCCCCACCUAAAACAAUUUUUAUAUUAGCUUUUGGUGGGGGCUACCUUGUCGAUGAACGAUGUGUAUGUACGGUAACUAGUCAGCAAAUUAUUGUUUUCUCCCUCGCUUUCAUAUGAAGAGAACAUGCAUUCAUAAGAUUUAUGAACGGUGCUGCCAGUGUUGUACAUAAAUUAUUACUAAUAAAUCACUUUUGAAAUGAAGCUUA